AUGUUAAUGAAGGGUCAUUAUUAUGAGAGUCGAUAUGCUUAUUAUGUUCAAGUAAACUUGAGUGCCCCAAUUACACCAACAAUUUAUACAAUAAAAUUCACAUAUUCAACUUCUACCAAAUAUUUAGAAGAAACAGAUGGAUUAUACGGUUAUUGUUAUACCAAUUCAAGUAAUUCAUAUUCACACCCAGACGGAAUUAAUGAACCCAAACGGAUUUAUGAAUGCGGUGAUAUUAUUCUUUUUAGCAUUAUAGUUCGAAAGAAUCAACAAUUUCAGCCGGAUGUAGAUGUAUCUUUGGGUCCUUCAUUCGCUUUAGAUGUUUUAUCUUUCAUAUGCACAUUAUUGUCAAUUUUUUUAUUCUGGAAGAGUGAACGGAUGCCUCAAGGAAAUCAACAACUAUAUAAGAAUGAAGAAUCUUAUAAUCAUGAAGAAUCGUAUAAUCCAUCCGAGGUUGUGAGCAAUGUUGCAUCAUAUUAUCAACCAUCUCAGGUUAUGGGUACUGUUACAACUCCUUAUAAAUACACUUAG